GCCGCAGGCGGAGCCGCGUGUGUCCCGAGCGGCCGCCGCGGUGGGCUCAGGCCCGGGGUCGCCUCCGCGCCGGGGUGUGGCUCCGGGUCGGGCUUCGAGUGCUGGGAGCCCCGCCCACAGCGGCCUCCAGACGCAACCGUGCAGAGCCAGAGAACACGCUGCCCCUCGUGCCGACGGAGGGAGUGUUGAUGCCCGCGCGACAGUCACCUGCACAGCAGCGGCUGCGGGAGUGAGGGAGAACGCAGGUCUGCGGCCCCCCGAGGGAGGAGAUUGCCCUCUGUCCCCAGGUGUGGUCAGCAUGAGCCCCGUGGGCAAGCAGAGCCCCUCGUCUCUGCCCGUCCCCUCGGGAGGGUCCUGCCUCAUCCUCUUCUUCUGCCUGCGCCUGGGCGCGUCCUGCCCGCAGAGCUGCCAGUGCCCUGAGCACGCCGGGGCCGUGGCCGUCCACUGCAGCGCGAGGGGCCUGCAGGAGAUCCCCAAGGACAUCCCCGCCAACGCUGUGCUCCUGAAGCUGGAUGCCAACCAGCUCAGCCACAUCCCUAACGGGGCCUUCCAGCACCUGCACCAGCUGAGGGAGCUGGACUUGUCCCAGAACCUCAUCGAGACCAUCGGCCCCGCCGCCUUCUCGGGCCUGGCCGGGGGCCUGCGGCUGCUGGACCUGUCCCGUAACCGCAUCCGCAGGAUCCCCAAGGACGCCCUGGGCAAGCUGAGCGCCAAGGUCCGCCUUUCCCACAACCCCCUGCACUGCGAGUGUGCGCUGCAGGAGGCCCUGUGGGAGCUCAAGCUGGACCCUGAGUCCGUGGACGAGAUCGCCUGCCACACGGCCGCGCAGGAGGAGUUCGUGGGGAAGCCGCUGAUCCAGGCUCUGGACUCCGGGGUCAGCUUCUGCAGCACCCACCGCAAGACCACGGACGUGGCCAUGCUGGUCACCAUGUUCGGCUGGUUCGCCAUGGUGAUCACCUACGUCGUGUACUACGUGCGCCAGAACCAGGAGGAUGCCAGGCGGCACCUGGAGUACCUGAAGUCCCUGCCCAGCGCCCCCGCAUCCAAGGACCCUAUCGGCCCCGUGCCCUAGUGCCCGCUGGACGAAGCAGAGCAGCACUUGUCCCCCGUCACUUCCGUAGCAGGUGACGGCUGACCCGCGCUUUUUGGGCCCCGAGCAGUGGGUCCUCACAGCCCCCCCCCCACAGAGCCCUCCCCUGCGUUGCACUGAAGUCACCGCGCCCCACAUCAAGUCCAAAACGUGACUAUCGGGCCCUUGCACGGACCAGGAAGCCAGAGCUCGGAGAAGCAGCGUUGCCCCCAGCCACAGUCAGGCAGUGACCCCGUAGGGACUUCAAACCAGGCCAUCUGUCAAUGACAUUCCGUGUCCCUUGAGCUCUGCCGGCCUCAUCCGUGUGGUGCCUGGAGGGUGUGAGUUGCACUCCGAGAAGCAAGGCUCCGGUCCACGCGCAUGAGGUCAGCCCGCAGACGGCAGGGUGUAGACUCCUCUGCGGAAGGCAGAACUGACUUAGCUUGUCCCCCGGGUAGUACUUCCAGAACGCAUGUGACUGCAGAACUCUUUCCAGAGCAAAGUAGUAGAGACCAGGUUUUUCUCGAGAGGACAGGAGGACAGCUGUCGGCGUGUCCGGGCCGGUCAGCGGGACGCUGCCUUACCUCCAGCAACGGGAAGUCUCUGCCUAGCUCCCUGCCCCCCCCCCUCCUCCGCCCGUCUUCACCUCUGCUGCCGGGAACCU